AUGGAGUCCGAGUCUGACCACGAACACCGCGACGACGAGAGCGUGUCCGAGCAGGAGGAGGUCGAGGAAACGAAGCCAAAGCCUGCGCUCAAGAAGGGGAGAGAAGUGCUCCCGCCUGUGGAGCGGCCAGACCUCCCCGAACAACCAGAUCCGAACACAAUCGAUUUCUCCACGCUGAACCCGCUGUCGCCCGAAAUCAUCUCGCGUCAAGCCACGAUCAACAUUGGCACAAUUGGCCACGUCGCCCACGGAAAAAGUACCGUAGUCAAGGCCAUCUCCGGCGUGCAGACGGUUCGAUUCAAGAAUGAACUCGAGCGGAACAUCACCAUCAAGCUUGGUUACGCAAACGCAAAGAUCUACCAGUGCGACAACCCAGAAUGCCCGCGCCCCACAUGCUACCGGUCAUACAAGAGCGAGAAGGAGGUAGACCCGCCUUGCGAGCGCGACGGCUGUGGAGGAAAAUACCGCCUGAAGCGCCAUGUCUCGUUCGUCGACUGCCCUGGUCACGACAUUCUCAUGAGCACUAUGUUGUCGGGCGCCGCUGUCAUGGACGCUGCCCUGCUCCUGAUUGCUGGAAACGAGACUUGCCCACAACCGCAGACAAGCGAACAUCUAGCAGCCAUUGAGAUCAUGAAGCUGAACCACAUCAUCAUUCUUCAGAACAAGGUCGAUCUGAUGCGGGAAGACAGCGCCGCAGCACAUUACGAGUCGAUCCUAAAGUUCAUUCGAGGAACAGUCGCCGACGGAUCUCCCAUCAUCCCCAUCUCUGCGCAGUUGAAGUUCAACAUCGACGCUAUCAACGAGCACCUCAUCACCAAGAUCCCUGUUCCAGUCCGAGACUUCUCCGCAAAACCGCACAUGAUUGUCAUUCGAUCCUUCGACGUCAACAAGCCCGGUGCCGAAAUCGAGGAUCUGAAGGGCGGAGUUGCUGGUGGUAGUAUCUUGACUGGUGUGUUGAAGUUGGGUGAUGAGAUUGAGAUCAGGCCUGGUAUCGUGUCAAAGGACAGUUCCGGAAAGAUCCAGUGCAAGCCCAUUUUCUCAAGAGUGGUGACUUUGUUUGCAGAGCACAAUGACCUGAAGUUUGCGGUUCCCGGAGGCUUGAUUGGUGUUGGUACACGCGUGGACCCUACGCUAUGCCGUGCAGAUCGUCUCGUCGGUUUCGUCCUUGGUCUCCGUGGACAUCUUCCCAACAUCUACACCGAGCUCGAGGUCAACUACUUCCUUCUCCGAAGACUGCUCGGUGUUAAGACGGCGGACGGAAAGCAGGCCAAGGUUGCUAAGCUGGCAAAGAACGAAGUCCUCAUGGUCAACAUCGGUUCGACAGCCACGGGUGCCAAGGUUAUCGCUGUCAAGGCUGAUGCCGCUCGUCUGUCCCUUACAUCGCCUGCCUGUACUGAGAUUGGCGAGAAGGUUGCGCUAUCCCGACGUAUUGAGAAGCAUUGGCGUCUUAUCGGAUGGGCCAACAUCGUAGCUGGUAACAUUCUUCAACCAAUCGUGGAUUGAACGCAGCUAUAGACGGCUCCAGUAAUAGGAGUGGAAAAGGCAGCCUUAACGAUGGGACGAUGUCGAACCGAAUGACAUGACAGCAAAAAUCUAUGCAUUACGUUCUUAAGCAUUUCCUGCAGGAGUCGGUUGCAGUACGGGGAUAGAGGCAAAAAGGGUUCUUCGACAUGUGUUUUCUAGACAGCAUCUUGAAGCCGGAGUGCGACGGGGCAAGUGCUUAUUGGAGACAGUGAGCUUGUGUAACAGCACAAUGUCCGGAAAUGGCAGUCAGAAUAGCCACAUGCAAUGACAAACAUGUACAAUCAAGUCAGUUCACUUAGAAUUGUUGAGGAGGCGGGCGACUGCGGAGGUGAUCGACGGCCCGAAGCGUACUAAGCCGAUAUUCACAUGUCACGAACGUCAGCUUAGUUCUCUUAGCCUACAUUGGCCAUAAAGCUUUCCCC